CCGGAGAGUAAAACUUAACUUGAACAUAAAACUUUGAAUAAUAGUCGAUGCGGACGAGGAAAUCGGAGCAAUAAUCGUCAAAACAUGAGCGACAGACGAGGACUCGUCUUGGACUCAAACUCUAUGGGGCUGUCCAAUCCGGAUACUCCCACGAACUCGGGACAGCAGACGUCUCAGCAGUCGGUACUGGUGCAGCUGGCGCUGAAGGAUCAGCAAAGCCAAAAGGCUCUGCAGCAGGACACAGGGAAUGUCGAAAAUCAAUCCGGUGUCUUCACGGACUACAGCAACCAAGACCACUCCAGGUGCACUGCUCGCACUGAGUCCAUAGCCACGGAGUACUUUCACCGUCUGGUGGACCAACUGCCUGAGGCACACGACAUGAGCGCUCAGAUGAAUCUGCAGCUGAACAAGACAUUCCUAAAACGGCUGGACGAGAUCGACGGCCUCAAUUUUCCGAGCGGAGAUUCAAAGCUGCGCCUGAUCACUUUUCAAGAGUGGGUGGACGUCCUACUAAAUGUCAACAACGUCAUGUUCACCAACUUGUCGGCAAUUAAAGGGGAGGCAUACGGCAAGAUCAUAGACCGCGUUCAGUCGGUCAGUGGGGAGCAACAGCAGACGCUGGACGAAAACCGAAAGCUGCGCAAGGACAUAUGCGCAAUCAUAAAGCUCCUACAGAAUGCCUAUCACCGGAACAUUUGGGACACGGACAGCCUUUCACAGGAAACCCUGACUGUUAACCAGAUUCUGGGCAUAACCCACAGGCAGCGUCAUCCGGAGAGCGUCAGUGAAAAUUGCGAUAGUGAUUGCGGCCGGUGAAGAUAACCUGUUUAGUCUUCCGUUACUACCGAUGUUGUUUUUAGCUAAAUUAUAUUAAUAAAAUUAAGAUUUACAUUA